CUAUGUCAUUGUCAUAAUAGUUGUCAUUCAAGUUUUGGUGUAAUAACUAUGAAAAUAUUUUUAUUUUGGUGUUUGUAGGAAUCCAAUAAAAUUGUAUUAUUGCUAGAAAUUGACUUCAACUCUUUGCACAAUGGAUGUUGUUUACAACAAUGAUGUACUCUUUCACUUAGGAGAAUGCUCAACUGUUACCCAUAUUUACGAGAGAGUAAUCCAAAGUUUGAAAAUAUCAAAAAAUGAUCUGUACUUGGAACAAAACGGUAAAAAGUUGGACAUUAAUGGAACCAUUGAUAAUAACAAGAAUGUCAAAGUUAUAUUGCGUUUGAAUGGUGGCAAAGGAGGUUUUGGUUCUAUGCUCAGAGCUAUUGGUGCUCAGAUUGAAAAAACAACAAAUCGGGAGGCUUGUAGAGAUUUAAGUGGCAGAAGAUUGCGAGAUAUCAAUGAAGAACAAAGAUUGAAAAAUUGGCUUGCUACUCAAGCUGACAGAGAAAAAGAAACAGCUGACAGAAAAAGAAAAAAACUUGAGAGAAUGUGCGAAGAACCUAAACAUGAAUUCAAGGAUGAUGCUUAUUUUAAGGAAAUUUCUGAAUUACCCAAACGGGUAGAAGAUGCAGUUCUUCAAGGUCUUGAAGCAUCUAGUAGCAUGAAACGUCCGUCUGAAAAUGAUACAACAAAAAAGACAAAGAAGAGGAAAUUAUGGUUGGAUGCCGACCUCGAGGGUUUAACAUCAUCAGAUGAAGAUAGUGAUUCUGAGAAGAGUGAAAAAGAGGUUGUAGUCGCUGUAAAAGAUGAUGCUGUUGAGAUUCAGACAGAAUCUGAGGAAACCAGUGUGGAAAACUUAACUGAGGAGAAGCAGCUCAAAUCGACAGUUAUUAGUGUUUGAGACACAACCUAGCAAAUCUUAAAAUAUCAAAGGAAACAAUUUUUAUUCCAUUUCAUCAUAUCUGUAAAUAUUGCAUAUAGUUAUUGAAAUAAAAAACUCAUCAAUU